GGAAAUUUUAUUGAUUUUAUUGCCAGUUGGUGCCAUAAAGAGGUUGUUAAAAGCAUUCAUUCAGUUACCAAAACUAAACACAUAUAUUCAUCCAAUAAAAAAAAAAAAUCCAAAAUCAUUCACUGAUGGGGAACAUUCAAAGGAAAUUAUCUCUCAGAAAGUCAAACGAGGAGAACGACAUUCGUACAGGGACAAAGAAGGGGAAUAAUGUUUGUAUAUAUACAAAGAAGGAGAAGGAUAGUGAGAAAAAUGAAGAGAUUUCGGGUCCAGCGUACAUUUUUACGUUGAAUAAUGAUUGUUUUCAGGCGUUAUUUCCAUACAUGCCACUAAAAGAUUUGGUUGCAUUGGGCCAAACAUGUAAAUUCUUUCGACAAAAUACGGGCGAAUUUUUUCGAAAAAAUUAUUCAGCUGCCAAAACUGUAUGCCAAUGUGAUGGCAUUCGUGUGUUUGAUUCGCAUACGAUGUGGGGUGACAAAAGGCGUAUUGCUAUACCAGAUUAUAAUGAAUUCGUCACUUCAACUGGUCUGAGUGACUCGCUGGGCUCAUACAACUAUAUGAAAUUGCACUACAAAGAAUUCAAAAUGCUAAAAAAUCUUACACUCGCAGACGUAUGUUUGAAGCGAUACCACAUUCAUUGCCUUCGACCAAUUUUGCGCACAAUCGAAGAAUUACAUUUACUAAGUUGUACAGUAACUGAAGAUCUUUACACACUUCUACUACAAUAUUGUGUGAAUAUGAAACGUCUUCAUGUUCAAUUAUUUGACAGUGACUUUUCACCAAAAUAUGAAUGGUUGAUAAAUGUAUACCCAAAACUUGAGCAUUUCGAAUUGAUUGUUUGCGAUGGCCCAACAAAAGCGGAAUUUUUAGCAUUUUUCCAACUUAAUCCAAAAGUACGCAGUUUUUCAUGCCAUUAUUCUACAUUGGAUAAGAUCAGUAAUGAUUCGAAGCAAUUCAUAGAAGCAAGCGUAAAAUUGGAUUCACUUGGAUUGAAGUUUGAUUACAGACAUAGUUCGAAGAAACAAUUGGAGUUGUUGAAUCAUUUUCACAUUGAUGGUUCGUUCAAUAAAUUACAUUUGAGCACGGAUCUCGGUGAUUGGGAGAAUUUGGCUCCUUUUAGUGGCAAUGAAAAUCCGUUUGUGGAAAAGCUAUUUAUUGAUAGUUGUGUUUCAUUUAAGAAAAUGAAACCUCUACUCAAUCAAUUGACCGAAUUGGCUGAAACAAAAAGUGAUCCACCUAAACGGUUUGUAUUUGAUAUAGAAGACGGCUACGAAGACGAAGACGACCUCGAAUACGAAGACGAAUACCAAUUCGAAGCAAAAGGCAAAGGCAAGGGCAAAGAAAAAAGCAACGAAACCGAAAUAAGCACCUAUGUAAAUGAUCUCGUGAAUAUCGAACGUCUUUACUUCGAAAAUCCAUCGGAAAUUGAUAUUUUACCAUUCAUUCAACGACUAAAAAAAUUGAAAAAAAUCAAACUUAUUCAAAGAACUACAUGGCCAGUGGUAUUAAAAUUGCGUAAGUUGAAUGCCGAACGUGAAAAAUUGGACGGAGCCGGAAAAGUUACGAUUUAUCUUCCGGACAAAGAUUUUUUGGCAACAAAAUGGGCCUCCAAAAAUGGUAGCACAAACUUCAGCAAGAUUCAAAUAAAACGACUCGAUUCGUUUGAAUGGAAUUUAUCCAUCCAUGAAUAUAAAGGACUUGUGCGAAAUACCCCAGCAGGAGAUGGCAGAAGGUAUAAAAAUAUUAGGUCACGAGAACUUGUGAGAACUUUUUUUCAUCCAAAAUCUCUAGCAACAUCUAGUCGCAUAAGCUUUGAUUAGGCGAGAGACAUCAAGUACCCACCUGCCAAUUGAUUGUAUUUGGGAUUUUUUUUGACACAUUUUAACCAAAAAUUACAUUUUAUAUAUCCAUAUAUUUGGUAUACGCACUUAAGAAUUUGAAUUUUACACAGCAAUGCGAUGAAUAGCCGUUGCAUUUUGUUCAUAGUAAUCAGUAUUUUAUUGUUCAUUAUACAAUUAUACAUUCCAGAUUGUUUAUUGUUUGUUAUCCAUGUGCGUGAAUAUAAGCAGUUAGUUAUCGCUUCUUAUUCUUAGUUUUAAAAUCAAAAACAUUAGGAGGUUCUAACACAGGGAGAUGAGGGAUAUUUUUAUCCCUCUGAAAAUUUUACGUUACCUCCUACAAAUUUAAGAAACAUUUGGUCCUUUAAAAAAUUCAACAUUUUGGAUACAAAUUGGAACGUAAAAAUCGAUGUAUACAUAUAUUUUAUGAGUAAAAAAAAACAUAAUUAUAUAAUUUCCAAGGAUUUUAUUGUGUUCAUCAUCAUACAUGAAUAAUUAUUUAUUAAAAUAAUUGUUUGUAAUAGUUUAAAUUUGAAUAAAAAUGGUUUUAUGAAUGUGCUUGUGCCGUUUGGCGAAAAACAAGAAAAAAAAAUGAAAA